AGGAUUAUUGAGCCAUUCAAUAAUCUAUUAUCCAGUUUAAUAACUGACUUAGCAAAGUCAAGUGAUUAAUUUAUAUGCGAUAGAAAUAUUAUUUCUAUUAUUUACUAGAAGUCGAGAAAUUAUUCCGACUGCAACGCAGAUUAAAUAUACGGAUUUAAUCUAGAUAUUAAAUGGCUUGUGAAGUGAAUUAAAUCUACUUAUUUAAUUUAUACAUGAAUAAUGAGCAUAAGCCAAUAUUUGAUUGCAAACACGCGAUUAAAUAGUAGAUGCACUGAGUAACCAAGACACAAAGAUUUAUUAUUAUUUACAAUUAGAACUUCAACCACCACUAUCAAUCAAUGCAGUAAUUGAUUUUUUUUCUGAGUACAAGAAGAAAUCUUUGCAUAUAAGCUCACCACUGGCAGCAAGAGUGACGCAGUACAUUUGGGUAAAAAAAUAAAACUCUCGAAUUUGCUGGCUUUAGGAGGAAGAUCAUGCUUAAGACAAUCAUCUUCCACUAUCUAAUUAUUUAUCAACCACUACCUCCACUUAACAAAAAUGAGACCUACGCACUAGCCUGCACCACCACCCUUUUUCUCCACCAAACUUUCCACUUACUUCAUUCCUUCUCUCAUACACCAAGCACCAGAAAGGGAGAUGAAGUUCCUGCUGCCAACUGCCAAGUAUCGAGAGUUUCUUCUCCAUUGAAUUCAUUAUCAACAACAGCAGCUACCAACACAAAAUACUCAAGGUCAAGCGCGAGAGUAAGAACUACUCAAGGAGUCACAGUACUUAGCAAAACUUUGCUAUCAGGUUGAGUUGUGAUGGGCGAUGAAGUGUUGCUGAGUGGAGUUUUUGUCGAACUUAAAGUAGGCUCAGAAAGGAUACAUGUCUUCAUACAUGUAUCUCAGUUAUGCAUUCCGCUGUAAACACUGAUUAUUUCAGUUACACCUUCCGUUGCAAACUCUGAUAAUGUUUUAGCCAAGCCCCUAAAAAUGCCUUUUUCCUUUUAAGGAAUAUAACGCGUAUACAAGUUCUUUGAGUACCCUUUUUAUGCGAACUAUGCAUUUUCCCUUUUUAAGGAAUAUUUCACGCGUAUUCAAGCUCUUUGAGUAUUCUUUUAUGCACCCCUUUCUAAACCCGCUUCUUAUUUUCCCUUCCCCAGUCAUGGUUUUCCCGGAUUAAUUAUCCUUAAUUAAGGCCGGUCGUGACUGAGUGGUAUCAGAGCAGUUCGUUUGCUCUGAGCCUAAGAGUUUAUUUAAGCCAAACUUAGAAUGGAUCACUAAAGUGUCUAGAGUUCAAUCGACAAAGCUCAGCACUUCAUCGCAUCACACUCAACGAAGCAGAAUGGUAUGCUCUUCCAAGUUUUGAGUUAAUGUUUACAAAAAGUCAGAAUUAUCGUAAUAGCAAAGUGAGUAACUGUUAAUAGUUAUGUUAUGUUGUUAUUGAAUGAAAUGAUUUACGCAAGUGCGAUUAAGUAUGCCUAUGGAAUGAAUCCCUAUGAACAUAGAGCUAUUAAGUUAUGAGAUCACCACUACGACAGAACAUAGAAGCAAACAUAGAAGAAAUUAGAUUGUAUCUUUUGGUGGCUAUAGUGAAGGCAGCAAGAUAAGUGAUACGUAUAGAAUAAUUCUUAAGCUCAUGAUUUUAUAGCCGCUAUGAAUCUCCAUGACUUAUGCUUAAGUAUCCAAUUUAGAUGAUGUGAUAUUAUAUGCUUAAGAAUUGAUAUGACUCAUGGAUUUGAGAUGCUAAGGACCCUUAAAGCUUACUACAUCAAUGCAGUCAUUGGAGUUAUGACUUGUUUACAAGUUAGAAUAAUUUAACCUGUACAAGAAUUCUUUUGAGGCUUGUAUUAGAUUAUGCUAGAGUGUACUUAUUGGCACAUCCUUGCUAUCAGAAUGCCGCCUAAGAGAGGACGCCCUGCGAGAAACAAUAACAAUCGCAGAAAUCGUAACGUUGUACCCGAAGAACCACAAGAUGCUCGAGGACAUAACCCAUUCCCUCCGCCCCCAACUAGGAGAGUCGAAGAACUCUUUUUAAGGCAAAACCCACCUACGUUUGACGGAACGAGUGAACCGGCUGAAGCUGAGAUUUGGGUGCGUGCAAUGGAACGCAUCUUCAACUUUCUACGUUGUACUGAUGAAGAGCGCCUAUCUUGCGUCUCAUUCCAGCUAACAGGAUCAGCGGAUUUCUGGUGGGAAGCACGACGAAAAAUUCUGACACCUGAACAAUGGGCAAGUUAUACUUGGGAAGAUUUUAAGACAGGAUUAUAUGAUAAAUAUAUUCCGAAAAGCUAUAGGAAGAAGAAAGAAGCUGAGUUCUACGAGUUAAAGCAAGGAAAGAAAUCUGUGGUUGAAUACGACAAGGAAUUCUGCAACCUGUCUAGGUUUGCUCCGCAACAAGUGGACACAGAUGAGAAGAUGGCAGAGAAAUUUUGUGCCGGUCUGCGACACGAAAUUAGGAUGACUCUAGCGAGCCACGGAGGACUCUCAUAUACGGAGUCUCUGAACAGGGCACUUGACAUUGAAGCUGCAAUGCCGUCAGACAAGUCAGCCCCACCAUUGAUCUCAACGCCAAACGACUUACUAGGAGCCUCACAUACUCUCAAAAGGAAGCGCAAGUGGGACAGCAACGAAGACAAUAUCAAUCAGACUAGUAAGAAAGUGUGGCAAGAGAAGGAACGGGCUGAACAGUUUAUUCAACCAAGGUACGAGGCACAGACUAACCUCGAGCCAACUAGAGGUAACCAAGGUCAGAAAGGAAUUUCACCUUGCCCAAAUUGCGGUAAGAUGCAUAGGAGUGUUUGUCGAGCUGGGACUAACGGUUGUUACAAUUGUGGCCAAAAAGGUCACUACUCCACGAAAUGCCCCAACAGACAACGAGGUUCAGCAAUUGGGAACAUCCAUACCCCCUUGCCAGCAAUACGUGGACACUUGCGAAAUCAGUUUCAAUCACAUCAGUGAAAAUCUUAUGGAGGCACCGCAGAUAUAAAAAAAAAAAAUUACGUGGGAGUUUGAAGACAAAAUGAAAGAGAAGUACCCGGAUUGUUUUAACAGAGAUAUGCAAAUUUCGGGACGAAAUUUUUGUUAAGAGGGGUAGUAUGUAGUAGCCCGCUCUUUUAUUUAUGAUAAAAACUAGUAAAUGCAAUUUUUAUAAAUGAAUCCAGUUUAUGGUCC